AUGAGCUCCAAUCAACCUCCUAACAGCAGCGGAGGUACUAGUAACGCUACCAACUCUGACCUCAACGACUCGUCCACUGGUGCCUCGAUGGGUCUUGAUUUGCAACAACAGCGCGGGGAUCCGCCCGUGGAUGACCCAGAGAUUGCAGCACCAGAGAGAGCAAGUCUCUUGCAGAGAGGAGCUUCUGCAUCUACCAACAAUAAUAUGAGAAUACGUGAGGCUCUCUUCCGCAACGGAAGUGGUAGAGGCCUGCAAAGCGAUCUUGCUGCGUUCAGCUCGGCAUCUUCAGAUGGACUUCGCUUGUUGCAAAAUCUCGAGAUGCAACAGCAACAACGGGCCCUCCUGGCAGCAACUGGGGCUAACCCACUUCAGCAACACCUGGGCUUGCUUCAACUUCAGCAGGUCGAUACAGCAGCUUUGGAGCAAAACAUUUCCAGUGCUUUUGGGUCUUCUGCCGCAUUGGGCCAGCUGGGUUUGCCGGGGCUCAGUCCUUUUCAGCAGUUCCAGAACCUUGCUGGGGCGCCUUUUGCGGCCCAGCUGAAUGCGGCCCAGCUGAACGCGUCCCUGUCUCUUGCAAGACCCCCCUCGUCCAUCCUGGGAAUGGCGUCACCUUUUGCGGCGCCUGGCACGUUGAACCCGUCUUCAGGAAAUACGGAUCGACCAGCAGCAAACAGGCUUUCUGAUUUGCUCCAAGCCACCAACCGCAGGGGCGUGGAUCCAACCAGAGGAUCCAACCACGCAGAUCUCUCCAACAGUGCCAGAGCCGAGCUGGCACAACGCCUUCACCUGCAGACGGAACAACUCCUGCAGCUGCAAGCUCAACAACGGCAACUUGGGAGGAGCACCCCUGUUGCGGCAGCCACUGGCAAUUCCCAGCCCCCCUCGCAGAAGCCUCCGGGGCAACUGGUGGAACCACUCACAGUCGCAGCUGCGGCCCAGAACAGGGCACAGCUCCCCGCACCAGCUAAAGAGGGCAGCAAGAAGAAGAAGAAAAAGGCAGGAAAAAGGAAGGCCGCCGCACAAGUUGAUGAUGCUUUCCUUAUGAGCCUGAUCGACACCAGAGCGGCCUCUUCAGCCAAGGACCCGCCCGACGGGGAGCCGACAGCAACCGCAACCGCAAAGAAGAGCGCUAGUAACCGCCCGAUCGUCAGGAAAAAGAGACGGGUGCCCGCCCACAGUCAGUUGGCCAAUUUGCCAGAGAACACCACUCCGCAUUUCACUGAACGAGAACAUGCUGCGCUGGGGGUCGAUGAAGAUCAUAAUUGGCUCUCCGAAUUCCAGUGUUUUGCUCGAGUGGAAAUGAUGGAGGUGUACCAAGCGACCCAAGCUGAUGUUGUGAUCCGAAGUACCUCAAAGUCGGUCAAGCUGGACCAAGUGGGUGUCCGUUGUCGCUUUUGCGCGCAUCUGCCUCAUGGAGAAAGGGUCAAUCGAUCCAGUGCCUUUCCUUCUCGACUCAACAAGUUGUAUCAGUCAUUCAACAUGAUGGUUCGUGACCAUUUCGCUCACUGCACUGAAAUCCCCCAUGACACCAUGGAGCGGUACUUGGCCCUCAAGGCCAAGAACUCGCAAGGUGCCUGUGAUUCUCGUCAUUACUGGUACUACUCUGCCCAGAAACUUGGCAUGAUCGACACCGUCAAGCCUGGAGACGAGGAGAGUAUGAAGAGCGGCGGAGGCAAUGGUAUCGAAAUGACCCCGGAAACUCAGGCGUCUGGUCGAAACAUGCCUCCUUAUGGAACCGCGAUCGAAGAAGUGGCAUCGGCCACAGACCAGAGCAAGGCGGAAGACCUCGCCCUUGUCCGUAUCCCCGAAGACAAGGACAAGGCAUCCCCGUUCCUCUACGAGCUCAUGUCACACAUUCAGAUCGUGCGGUUGUUGCAAUCGGAACGAGUUGGCAAGAGAAAGACUCUCCCCCUUGGACUGAAUGGUUUUGGGUGUCGUUACUGCUUUAAGGUUGGCCGGUUGGGUUUCAGCCGGUGCUAUCCUCUUCGUCGAAGGGGUUUGCCAGCCCAGAUUUAUGAUAUGUACAAUCAUCUUCAACGAUGCACCGUGUGCCCCGAACCAGUUAAGACGGUCCUCCGUCGGUUGCGAGAUGAACAGGAUAAGCAACGAAAGCAGGCUGCAGGUUCAGAGUCGAAGACGCAACCCUCCACCAAGACCAAAGGCAGCGGUGGCAGUUCAGAAGCACUUUUGGAAGGGGAAUACAUGGAUUUAGUCUGGUCAAGACUUGGUAGAACCUGCGACUUGACUACUUAA